AUGAGUGAUGACGGUCGAUUUUUGGCUUUGGUCUUCGCGCUUCGUGACACGGCCGGUUCCGCCCCGUUGCCUCUUUCCAAUAUGGAAUUUCAAACUAAAUCUGAAUACAUCAAACCCAAGUUACCUAAUACAAACUACUACACAUCUGUGGUCACCAAGCCUAGUGAAGCAAGAGCUGUGAAAGAAUCCUGUGUGUCAGAACGAAGUAUCAGCCAAACUAUAGUCCGAUUGUAUGAUAUGAAGCAUUCCGGAUCGGGUACCGGACUUCGGUCACAAAUAUCCUUGUUGGGUGAGAGCAUAUUUCAAAUGAAUAACAAAUACGGGUUGUUUACCCUGAGACCGGAUCAUGCAAGUGAUUCGCGUCUACAACCUUUGGAUUCUUUGUCGGAAAAUAAGAGCUCCGGUAUAACGGACAGGGUCGACCAAAACAGAUCGAAAUCCAUCCUGUCACGGUACUCGAAUGAGACGGGAGAGUUUCUCAGCUAUGCCUAUCUCGACCAUCCUGUCAUUGAAGGAUCUUGUUUGGUCGGCGACAGUGAAUAUCUGUUAGUUUGUUGUGGCGGUUCGGGCAAAUGGCUACGUCUGCUUGCAGCACCAUCCUUCAAUAGAGUUGUUCAUGAAUUAGAUAUAGAGAAACAAUUGAAAGAACACGAUGAUUACGCUCGAAUAGCAAAAGUUCAACGUCUGUUCGCGUGUGCACAGCAACCAAAAAUAGCAGUUCUACAAUAUGUUUGGUCCGAACAUGAUCAAACCCGAUGGAUUGCCACAUUUAAUCUGGCAUCAGAAGCAAACACCGAUCCCUUGAUAACUCAGUUCAGCAAUCUGGACAGUUUGCUUGAUGUCACACCUGACGGACGUUUUGCGAUUGAUUCGAAUCUCAGACUAUUCCAAUUGCAGAGUGGAGCACAAAUUGGGGCACUAAAUCGAUCGGGACUAAUUGUCGGUCUACCGGAAGAACCGGUCGUGCACUGUGCUAAACUAACACCGGACGGAACAAACAUCGUAGCCGUCGUAUGGUCUCCCACUUCUGGCCAAUUAAUGCUUCUGAUUUUCAGCAAUCGUUCAACUUUGUAUUUUCCAGUGGUAGGUGAAGCACUUCUCACACCGAUGGACACGAAUCGAUCUGCAUCGGAAUCCGAUACGCUUUCUUCUUUACAACCCUUGGUUCGUCUUGAGAUGGGUCAGCAAGGUCGAUUGAUUGUUGUUUUCCUGGAUCACUGUAACCAAUUCAAAGUAUUCGCACUGCGUGAUUUGCGAUCCAUGUCAAGCACACCAACCUACACGACAGCAGCCGAUCGGAUUCGGAGCAUUCAACCGUGUGUGAAACCAAAAUCGGACAGUCGUGAUGCAUAUCGGGCCGCGAAAGAGUUUGAUGAUCUAUUCGAACGUUUAAAUGAAUCGAUGAAAUUAUUUGGAGAUGAAGAAGACAAUGAGGAUCUGAUUGAAGCUUGA